AUGCCGCGCACACGGCGCAGGGCAGCCCGCGGUGUCACCUGCUCGCCGGCAGCGCCGGAGCCCCACGCCCUCCGCGGAGGGCCCUCCCGGGGCCGGGCCGGUGCCCUGGCCCCGCCGGGCCCCCGCGGCCCCCGAAGCGCGGCGGCGCCCGGGGCGCGGGGCGGGCGGGCUCCGCGCACCCCGGGGUGGCCGGGGCGAACGAGCGGCGCAGGGGGCGCGGGCGGCCGGGCCCGGGGCGCGCCCCACUGCGGGCCGGGCCCGGAGGUCGGGGGUAGGGGGGCAGAGCGCGGUCGCCGAGAAUCGCGGCGGACCGGAGCCCCGGCCGCUCUGCUUCCCCACCCCGAUCCCGGCCCGACGGCGGCUCCUGGCUCCUGCCCUGCCCGGGCUGGACUCUGUGCCUCGCUGCCCGGCGGAGCCCCGGCCUUCCCCGCCCGCCAGCGGCCGACGCCGAAGCAUCGCUGCCCGGGGACCCGCCCGCGGCGGGCGGCCCUCAGGGAGCGUGGGGGCACCGGCCAGCCUGCACGGCGGACAGGGGCCGAGCCUGUCGCGGGUGCAUCCACCGGGACGAGAGAGACCGGCGGGAGCCCCCGGGGCGGCCUUGCUGCUGGCGACCCCCGCGGAGCUUCCCCCCUCGGCGUAGCGGGCGCUCUCCAGAAGGGCUCUGCAGCCCGCCGCUCCGACCGAGCCCCCGGCGGCGGCGCACGCCGCCGUGCCUCCCCGCCGCCUGCCCUCUGUCCCGGGCGGCCACCGCUGCAGCUCCGGGCCGGGUCGUCGUGCGGAGCAACCGCACCGCCCGGCCUCGCCGGCCCGGGAGCCUCGGCGGGGCUGCCGCUGCCCGGGAAGAGCUGCCAUCGGGUGCUCUCGGCGGUGACUAAUUCCUCCCGCUCUCCCUCCCUCGGAAGGAUAAGUGUAAGCGAGCCUGCAAAGUGUAGUUACUAAUAACAAUAACAAUAAAUUACCGGUCUGUUGCUCAGUAGCGCAAACAAACGCCUGCCGUGAGCCACGCGGAGCCUCCCCGCGCCGCUCAGCCGCCCCCCGGGGACAGGCCUGUCGGCCGGACCGGCUGCGCCCCCGGCCCGGGGGGGGGACCCCGGCUCGCCCGGCAGCCCCACGGAGCCGGUGACCGGGGUCGGACCCGCGCCAGGGGCCGCCGGGGUGCCCCGCUGGGCGCGGCCGGCGGGUGGGUGGGCCGGAGCCGGCGGGUCCGCGCUCCAGGCCCGCCGCGCUCGGUGCCGGCGCAGCCCUUUGAAGAGCCCGACCCCCGCCCGGGGAGCCGGGGAACCCCCGCGCCGUCCCGGGGGGAGCGGGCCGGCAGACCGCGGUCGGAGGCCGCGCCGCGUGGAAGGCGGCGAACACCGAGCCGGUAUUUUAAUUAAGCAGUGUCUCUUUGAUACAGUCAGCCCGAUGCUAUCUCUGCGCGCUGUUCCCUUCACGGCAGCUUUUGGGUAGGAAAAUUGCUGAGCAAGCUGGAUCACACGGAGUGCCGGAGCCGCUCCGAGCAGCGCCAGAAAGCCCCGGGGAAGGCGGCGGGUGCGUGUGUGAGUGCGCGGCGCGCUGGGAGUUCCAGCCGGGCUCUGGUGCGGUGCGCGCUGUGUGCAUUUUCGGGGGGCCUGGAGGAACUAGAGUCAA